AGUGCUUGUAAACUGAGCCUACUUCAAAUAAAUGUUUUUUGAUUUUGAGAUAAUUGCCAACAUAAAAUGCAGUAGGUUUACAGGACACGGUCAUGCCGUAUUGUACUCGUAGUAUGCCUACUCGCCGAAUAGAGAUUAAUUGCAACAAUUGUUUAUUCGCGAACCGAUUUGCGGAGGGUGUUCGGUGACCCUCCGCCCUCUGCCGCCCCGCGCGUAUAAGUAUAGGUCGGGAGCGGGAGGCUGGCUCACUGCCUGCCCGCCUGCGCCCGCGACUCGCCAUGUGCAGCGCGCUGGUGCUGAGCCGGCGCGGGCUGCGGCGCGGCGCGCGCUCGCAGCCUUUCUCGCUGCACGAGCUGAGCGCCGCGCGCGCGCCGCCCGAGGCCGUGUACGUGGACGUGGACGCGCGCGGCCUGCUGUGCGCGCGCGGCGGCGUGGCGCGGGCCGUGCGCGCCGCGCGCCUGGCCGACGCGGCGCCGCACGCCUGCGCGCUGCUGUGCGCGGCCGGCGGCGGCGCGCCGGGCGACGCCCCGCGCCUGCAGCUGCGGCUGGCGGCGGACGCGGCGCCGCUGCACGAGCUGCGCCUGUGGUUCGACGAGCGCGCGCUGGCGCUGCUCGACAUGCCCUUCCUCACGCUGCGCAACAUCGCGCGCACGCCGGGGCCCAGCUACGCGUGCCACGAGUGCGGCGCGCGCUUCGACCAGCCCAACCCGCUCAAGACGCACCUGUUCCUCGCGUGCGCCGCCUUCGAGCCGACCGCGUUCUGGCUGCGGUGCGUCGAGCGCCUGCGUUCGCACGCGCCCGACGCUGCGUCCGCUCUCGCGCCUGGCCCCGCACCCGCUCUCGCGCUCGACCCCGCACCCGCGCUCGCGCCCGACCCCGCUCGCCUCGAGGCGCUGGCGGCGGCGUGGGGGCGCUCGCGCGACGGCCACGUGUGCGUGUACUGCGGCAAGCUGUACUCGCGCAAGUACGGGCUUAAGAUCCACAUCCGCACGCACACGGGCUACAAGCCGCUGCGCUGCCGGCACUGCCUGCGCGCCUUCGGCGACCCCAGCAAUCUUAACAAGCACGUGCGCCUGCACGCCGCGCCCGCCGCCGCGCCGCACGCCUGCGCGCUGUGCCGCAAACCGUUGGCGCGCCGCCGCGACCUGCUGCGACACCUGCGCGCGCACCACGCCUGACGCGCGACCUGCUGCGACACCUGCGCGCGCACCACGCCCGACGCGCAACCUGCUGCGACUCCUGCGCGCGCACCACGCCUGACGCGCGAUUUACUGCGACACCUGCGCGCGCACCACGCCUGACGCGCGACCUGCUGCGACACCUGCGCGCGCACCACGCCCGACGCGCAACCUGCUGCGACACCUGCGCGCGCACCACACCUGACGCGCGACCUGCGCGCGCACCACGCCCGACGCGCGACCUACUGCGACACCUGCGAGCGCACCACGCCCGACGCGCGACCUGCUGCGACACCUACGCGCGCACCACGCCCGACGCGCGACCUGCUGCGACACCUGCGCGCGCGCAAUUUCACAUAGUUGCCCAUUUGUUCCGGCGUGCAAGACGAGAAAACGUACAUUUUCUUAACUUUUAAAUGUGAGAGAUGAUACUGUGGUGUUCAAUAUGAAGAUGCUGCAAAUGCCCAGGCACCCUGCGCCGCUAGCCGACUGCCGGAGACUGCAGCAGCGCAGGAGCACGCUGCACGCUGCACGGACGAAGCUCCCUAGCCAUUACGCUACUGGUAGCUGCUGUG